CUCUAUUUCAGGCCAUUAGGGCUCGAUUUUAACUGUCUGUACAAUACCUUUUAUCUGCGUGGGUUUUAUUUACUCCAAGUUGGCAGAAAUGCCGACAAACUGUUGGAACUUGCGUGUUACUGCAGAAGUUAAUCAGGGUUGCAGGAAAUACAUGGAAGAUGUGAUUUCAGUUCAAUUCGAACGAGUAAAGUCUGGAAAAGUCGUUCUCGAGUACGCUGCGUUCGCGAUUUUCGAUGGCCAUGGGGGCAAAGAUGCUGCUCACUUUGCCAAAGAUCAUUUGUUGGAAAAUAUAAAAGUGCAGAAAGGAUUUUUCUCUAAAGAUGCCGAGACCGUUAAAAAAGCAAUCUCGGAUGCUUUUGUUUCAACUCACCAUGCAAUGUGGAACAAACUACCUGAGUGGCCAAAGACAGGACUUGGCCAUCCUAGUACAGCAGGAACCACCGCAAGCCUUGUAAUCAUUCGUGGCAACUUGAUGUAUGUUGCCAAUGUCGGCGAUUCAAUGAUAGUGAUGGGUAGCAGGGAUGUUUGCGACAAAUCAGUGAUUAAACCAAAGUUCAUCGCAAAAGAUUUGACCAUUGAUCAUAAACCAGAAUUAUAUAAAGAAAGAUCGAGAAUAGAACGAUGUGGGGGCUGUGUUAUGAACAAAGCUGGGGUAAAUCGCGUGGUUUGGUCGCGACCUAAGAUCUCACACACCGGUCCUAUAAGACGAAGCACAAAAAUUGAUAAAAUCCCAUUUCUUGCGGUGGCACGCUCACUUGGGGAUUUAUGGAGUUUUAAUUCAGAACUCAAUGAAUUUGUGGUAUCACCUGUACCAGAUGUUUAUGUGUACAAGUUACAUGAGAACAAAGAACAGUUUGUUGUCCUUGCUAGUGAUGGCUUGUGGAAUAUGGUUAGACCACAAGAAUCUGUCAAUCUAGUUGGGAAUCUUGAAGAUGAGAGAAAAAGAGUACAGGAGUCAGGCGAUACAAGCACAACGCACACAAGUCCAGCACAUCAACUUGUGCAAACAGCAUUGGAGAGAUGGGAGAUGCGAAUGAUGAGAGCCGACAACACCAGUGUCAUCGUGGUUAUUAUUGAAAGGAGACAAAUGGAACAAACUAGGAAAAGAGAUACUUACUUUGAAACAUGGACGAGUGCAGCUGACAAACAAAAUACUGAGCCAAGUACAAGUGAAUCAAAAGAAACGGUUAAACCACCACCCCCACCUUAUAAUGACAAUAAUGCUAAAGAAGAAAUCAUAACCAUCCCAAAACCUGAAGAACAGCAACCUGCAACUGUUGACCCUCCCACCCCAACUCCCACCGAGGUGUUACAAGAUAGUAGUAUAUCAUCCUCUAGUGGUGAAGUAACUGAUGAUCCUCUCCCACCUCCUGAAAAGAUGACAACCCGUUCUCACUCCGAUGAUCAACCAACUAGCAGCGGGAUUUCCGACGAAAGAGCUGUCACAAGAUCACGGACACACGAGGCGCCAAAGCAAGCAAAGAAGCGACGUAAGUCUGAGGACGGCGUCGCAAUUGAACGAAAAUCUCGACGUUUAUUGAGAUCGACAAAUAAAAGAAGAGCAAAGUCCGAUGGAGGAGCGAUGUUGUUGAAAUCUCCUCCCAGGUUAAUGAGGAGCCAAACCAAGAAGACCUAACUUUCAAGGUUUGAAAACUUGAUUUAAAUUCUACUCGCUGCCCUGUAAGCCUGCUUAUAAAUUGUUUUAGUUAGAAAUGUAUUUUUAUUCCUUUCGUAUUGAAGAAAACAGCUUCAAGUUUUGUUUGUCUUGUACAUAAGAGGCGUAAGACUUGUGUUUUUAAGACUCAUGUUUACAAAUGCAUUUGCAUGAACAUCAGAUUUUACACUUAACUGCACGAAAAAAAUGAUAUUUGUGCAGUUUUUAGCUGCAGUUGUCUCUGCCUAAAACUUUUAUGAAUUUUACAUGUCUAUAGCACUUAACUUGUCCCGUACAAAACAAUUAAUCUUUGGUUGUGUGUCCAAUUUGUAAAUUAUGUGUGCCCGUUAAAAUCACAAUGAUCCAAGUUUUUAUCAGUGCUUGUAGUGGUGGAAAACAUGAAUUUGUGUGAAAGACAAAUAAAUUUGCUUCAGCAUUUCAAGUUUUA